UAUACAUAAGCCAAGUUAUGGAAAUGCAGCUAACUGGAAGACUUAACAGGAGUUCUGUGGCUUGCAGUGGUCUCAGGCUUUUAUGUGAGCACAGGGCUUCAGAUGUGGUCCAAGGAGGAGGCAGCAGCCGUGAAAUGAUCUACUGUAAUUGACUGCUGCCAGAAGGUCAUGGGUAUACAGUAAGGCAGUCUUCUGUGCUAACCACACUAUGGAUAAUAACAGAGCUUUCAUUUUAUUUUAUGGCACACAUUUUCCUGUAAUUAAAGUCCAACGAUGGAUGUGUACAGCACAGAAGCAUCAUCAGUCACUUGGAAUAUCUCAUUAAUGGAGUUGAACACAUCAUCUUAUAGCAAUGGAAGCCUGGCUGCAAAUGGACUGUUGAAAAUGAACAAGCACUAUGUCAUUGGGCUCGCCUUAUCCUGUCUUUACACCAUUCUGCUUUUCCCAAUUGGAUUCAUUGGAAACAUUAUGAUCUUGGUUGUAAACAUCAAAUUUCGAGAAAAGAUGACCAUCCCGGAUUUGUAUUUUAUCAACUUGGCAGUGGCUGAUCUCAUCCUAGUGGCAGACUCUCUCAUUGAAGUAUUCAACCUCAGUGAGAAAUAUUAUGAUAUUACCAUCUUGUGCACUUUCAUGUCUCUUUUCCUUCAAAUUAAUAUGUACAGCAGCAUCUUUUUUCUCACAUGGAUGAGCUUUGACAGGUAUAUUGCACUGACAAAAGUCAUGAAAUCCAACAUCUUUAGGACUAAAGAGCAUGCCAGGUUAAGCUGUGGACUCAUUUGGAUUGCAUCCAUCUCUGCCACUUUGCUGCCAUUCACAGCGGUACAAGUGCAGCACACGGAGGACAGGCAUUUCUGCUUUGCGGACGUCAAGGAAAUCCAGUGGUUGGAAAUUACACUGGGGUUUAUCAUUCCCUUCGUAAUUAUUGGUCUGUGCUAUUCCUUAAUUAUUCGUGUGUUGAUAAGGGCUCACAAACACCGAAACCUAAGACCAAGGCGGCAGAAGGCCAUGAGGAUGAUUGUGGUUGUUGUUUUGGUCUUCUUUAUCUGCUGGCUACCGGAGAAUGUAUUUAUUAGUAUUGGACUCCUCCAGAAUGAUGAUGACCAGGAGAACAAUCAGUCUUUCAGGCAUAAGCACCCACUCACGGGUCACAUUGUAAAUCUGGCAGCUUUCUCCAACAGUUGUUUAAACCCACUAAUAUACAGCUUUCUAGGAGAAACUUUUAGAGAUAAGCUGCGCUUAUAUAUAAAGGAUAAAAGAAGCAUGUCUGCUCUCAACCGGUUCUGCCAACCAUCGCUAAAAUCGGUCAAUCCUGACAGCAUGGAGCAAUCAGAAGUCAAAUAUAACAGUGGUGUUUAAAUAAAGGUGC